AGGCCCCACCUAGCUGACCGUAUAUGCCUUUAUUAAGUGCCCAUCCACUUAAGACCACAGUGAUAUGAAGAUACACAACACAAACUGACGGAUUCUUGGACCAAGCUGUACCCAAGAUCAAGACAAAAUGAAGAGAAGCAAUGUCCAGAAGGACUGAGCAAGGCCAGCCUAUGAUUUCUUUGUCAGAAUCUAGCAGAACAGCACCACAGGGGGCUCUCCUCGCUUCCUUCUUCAACAGGCUCUUGUGGGUCCUUGAAGAAGUUACUUCACUAUCUCAUAAUAAUGUUUCUCUCAGCCAGCAUAGCUCACGUGUAAAGAAAAGAAACAUGUUUACAAGGUCAAACUGGAACAAAGAGAUAGCCUAGAACAAAGAGCACUUCGAAGACAUUUCUGCUGUGAGAAAACAGGAGACGACAGUCCUAUCUACUUAGAAAACUGCAGCAUAGCGGCCAACUUCAUCAGAGCUGCUCCUUGCAACGAGGGUGCUGGUUUUCCUCCCAGCUUGGAGAUCAGAGGACCUUCGCCUUCUCCCACAGACUACAGGCUUAUUACAGCCUCAACCUUGCCUUGCUGACAAACUCCGUGGAGCACAGAGUUAAGAACGAUGUCGAGACGCCAAGCCGAGUCAGAUUUUCGUGAGCUUUUGCAGAAUGAAGAAAACGGCAUGGGGAGAGCACAUGCAAUUGCUACAAGACAAUCCCUGGCACAAUUUCUUGGGCCCUUCAGGAAUGGAACGAACGGCACCGGUAUAGCCGCCACAACCACACCUGCAGAAAAUGGAGCCCAGGCCCAAGGCCCAGUCAUGGCCAUCAUCUACAUCUUCUCGGCACUCUUUGUCCUCCUCCUGGCCAUGGUAGUGACCGUGCUGGGACGCAAACUUCGGGAGAAACGAGAGUCCACGGGCACCUACCAGCCCAGCAACGAAGAGCAGGCUCUGCUGUCACCUGCUCUCUCUGGAUUUUGGAAGUUAGGAAACUAAUCAGUAGGAGUAAUAAAUACUAAGACAUCCUUUCUGCUGCCAUUCUGGAACAUGUCACCUCUCCUACCCUACCAGUCUUCCCUUAGCUCUCUUCCCCUGUGCCUUUCCUUCCCUCUUCCUUCUAACUCCGAGGGAGGGGCUGCUUGAAUUCAACUUUCUGGAUAGUCUGAAGGCGAGAAGAAAAGAAUGUUGGCAGGAAGCCGGAGAAAGGAGGCGAGUCUUCUGCAUGGUCCCCUUCAACUAGCUGGGCUUCAGGGAGGGAGGGAUGGAGGGAGGGUUGAGUUGGGUCACCAAAGGGAGCCACAGUCAGAACCAUGACUGUGGCCAUACAUAUAUCUUUGGCACUAAUGGGCGCUCAUUCAAAAGUCUGCCUUGUUUUCCUUCUUUUAAUAAAGCAUUCCUCUCUAAUACUGUGAACUGGCAUGCUUGCAAGCGGGGUGGCAAGCGUCCCCGGGCUGGGGGUUACCAUGCACACGGUUUCCCAGGUUUCCUGGGUGGGGGCUAGAAGCCAAAAGAAGGGAGACAAUCCCCCGAGUGUACUGAGCCCCUUUGGUUCCUGAGAAUCUCUGAGAUGAGGGUGCUGCCCUCCCUCCACGAGCAUC